AUAGCCUUUCUGACCUUGACUGAAGCGCCCUUGACAUUUGUGCAUAGGAUGGAGUGGAUCAGUUGAACUGGGCAGAGUCUGUGCCCCUCAUCUAGACAGCAAGGGGAGAAGUCUGUCUUUGAGGACAAAUAGUGAAAGACGGUUGGCACGUGUUUGCUUACUCGGCUAUCUGAAUGGUGGUGUUUUUUAUCUUUGAGAAACUUCUCCUUCCACCCCAUGCAACUCUCCCCAUGCCCCAAGUGUGUGACUGGUGCCCAACGCAAUGUGUGUUUGUCAAACCAUGGAGGUGGGGAAGCAUGGCAAGAACACAACCCACGCAGGAGGCAGAGGGGUCCUGCUGGAGCCUUUCAUUCAUCAGGUGGGCGGCCACAGCAGCAUGAUGCGCUAUGAUGACCACACUGUGUGCAAGCCUCUAAUUACCAGAGAACAGCGCUUCUAUGAGUCCUUACCUCCAGAAAUGAAGGAAUUCACACCCGAAUACAAAGGGGUGGUGUCUGUCUGUUUCGAGGGAGACAGUGAUGGCUACAUUAACCUGGUAGCAUACCCCUAUGUGGAGAGUGAAGCUUUGGAGCCAGAUGAUGUACCAGAAAGGGACCAGCCACGUCGUAAACACUCUCGCAGGAGUCUGAACAGGUCAAGCAGUACCAGUGAGCACAAAGAGGAAAAAGCAGGGCUGGCCUGUGAGAUCUCAGAAAGCAGCAGCAUCCAAGAGAUGAAGAGCCUCAAGAUGCACCUCCAUUCAGAUGUUCCGUUUCAGAUGCUUGAUGGAAAUAGUAGCCUGAGUUCUGAAAAUAUCACCUAUAACCCAUGGAGUCUACGUUGCCACAAGCAACAGCUGAGCCGUAUGCGCUCAGAAUCCAAGGAACGAAAGCUCUACAAAUUCCUUUUGCUGGAGAAUGUGGUACAUCACUUCAAAUUUCCCUGUGUGCUUGAUCUGAAAAUGGGGACCAGACAGCAUGGAGAUGAUGCCUCUGAAGAGAAGGCUGCUCGACAGAUGAAGAAGUGUGCACAGAGCACCUCGGCCUCACUAGGUGUUCGAGUAUGUGGAAUGCAGGUAUACCAGCGGGAUACAGGCCAUUAUUUGUGCAGGAAUAAAUACUAUGGCAGAGGUCUUUCCACUGAGGGUUUUCGCAAUGCUCUCUACCAGUAUCUGCACAAUGGUAUAGAGCUACGAAAGGACCUCUUUGAGCCCAUCCUUAGCAAGCUGUACAGCCUGAAAGCUGUACUGGAGAGGCAGGCCUCUUACCGCUUCUACUCCAGCUCCUUGCUCAUCAUCUAUGAUGGGAAGGACGACUGGUCUGAGACAUACAUGGAGCGCAGAGCAGAAAUGCGUCUGAAGCAAGUGGACAUCGCUCUCCCAGAGAGCCUACAGGAUGGCAGCAGCACAGAAUCUUUUGCCCGCCAGCCCAAGGUGGAUGUGCGUAUGAUUGACUUUGCACACAGCACAUUCAAAGGUUUUCGGGAUGAUCCCACAGUGCACGAUGGCCCUGACAUGGGUUAUGUGUUUGGUUUAGAGAGCCUUAUCAACAUAAUUGAACAGAUGCAGGUUGAGAACAAGUAACCUUGGGUGGAACUCUUCAGUUUUGUCUCCCUAUUGAUAGGAACAGACAGGACCACUGCUCCUUCAUUGAAAGCAAACUCAACUGCUCUGAAAAAAAAAAGUGUUGUUCCAGUGUUUUUAACGACAUCAAAGGACGUAAUAUCCUGGAUGAGCCUGUCAAAUAUGGCUUUGACUAUCCUGGCCCAGAUGCUUUUCAGGAGAGACACAUCUCAUGGACUCCAGCAUUGGUCAUUAGUGUCCAAGGCUGGUAUUUAUUGUGCAGCCCUCUGAUCAUGUCUGUGUUAGGAAUGGAGACUCUUGCCCCAUGGGAAUGAAGAGGGGUGAUGUUUUAGGGUUGUAGAUUUGAGGAUUCCAGUCUCCUUCUUCCUUGUCAACCUUCCAUUGAGGCACUGUGGCUUGAACUUCCUUGUGUUUGAAAAGGGCAUUUGGAUACAAACUAACAUCACUUAUGGGGAGCUCAUAGAGGCACAUGAUUUGCACACACUUUCCUCUGCUAUUGCUGCCCCUGUGCAGGUAUGAGAAGCUCUUUGGGAGAGUACAGUUGGUAGUACAAUUUAUUUUCUCUGAUCUUGGUGUUACCGUAUUAUUCUGACUAGGGAAAUAAAUGACCAAAGGAAAGCCAGAGCAGUGCAUGAUGGUUUUGAUUUGUAUUCCAUUGGUGAGGUUUGCCUGUGUUCCCUCACCAUUCCCUGA